AUGAAUAAUUUGACAGAUGCACAUUGGUUUCCUUUAACAUCCCAGGGAAACAUUUAUUCCAUGACAAAAUUAUGUUCUAUCAAUGGUUCCAAUAAAGUACUAGUGGCUUCUUUGAAACGAAAAAUAUAUUCUUGUGAAUAUCACCUCAUGCCAAAUCUGCAUUUGAGACCAUUGGUUAAGGAACUGCUUUUUACAUAUAUUCCCAGUGGUGCAGAAAUUAUAUCUAUCGAUGCUUAUAAUAAAUCAGAUAGUGGUGAUGGAUUUGUGAUAGGAAUAACUAUUUUAAAAGCAAGUACAGAUACAUCUGUAGAAAGGUAUUUAAACAUAUACACAGAAGGUGCUAUAGAUGGUGAAGGAGAUGAAGGUAGUUCAAUCGAAGCUAUAGCACAAAAUUGCCUUAUGGUGGAGUUAGCAUAUACACCAUAUCAUUUGUAUCAUACCAUACUACCACAACAAAAUUCUCCUAAUGAGGUUGUUUGGUUACUAUCUGGAAGUGAUUAUAAAAUACAUAUGAUCAAAGAAGAUAAAUUGAACCAUAGUUACAGUGAAUCACCAAUUGAAAAAUACUUCCCUGAAUUACAUGAUAUCCAGGGAAUUGCAAUAUGGAUAAAUAUUUACUAUUAUGAUAACUACAAUUGGAGGCUGUCAGUAAUUGGUUGUGAAUGUGGUUUAGUCAAAGUAGCUAUAACUAAUAUUUCAGAAUUGAAAAUCUGCUAUAGUUGGAAAUUAAGAUAUGAUAGACCUAUUUCCAGUGUAUCCAUUUUUUCACUACACAACAAUAUUCCAACACCUCCCUUUAUUAAUUCUAAAAAAAUAAAAUUGAAUGUUCUUGUUGUAAAUACAAGUAAUGCAGUUGUCUUCAUGGACAUUCUCAACAACGGAAUGGGUGAAGAUAUAAUGUUAAAUGGCAGUGAAACAUCUGAUUGUAUUUUAUGUUCCUGUAUUGCUGAUAUAAAUAUGGAUGGUCAAAAUGAAAUACUUUUAGGAACUUAUGGUCAAGAGGUUUUAAUUUUUUGUUUCAUAAAUGACACAUGGGAAUUAAUUAUUAGAAAAUUGUUUGAUGCUCCUGUGCAUUCCAUAUGCUAUAUGGACAUCACCAAUGAUGGAAUGAAGGAACUUAUUGUCCUUACACAGCGUGGGGUCCAUAUAUUGCAGCACAAUAUUACAGAUGUCAAAGAUAAGUGGAAAAAACGGUAUAAGAAAUUUCUUGAAGAAAAUAGAAUAUAAUUUAAACGUACAACUUUAAAAUGCU